CUGCGCGGUCACACUAUUUUUGUGUGUGAAAAUUCUGGCGAAAAGAUUCUCUUAAAAGUUCUCCGAAGACGAAUUUCGCGCAUCGCCUAAGACCGAUUUCGUGCUAAUUCACUAAACUGCGAUUGGAUUGGAAACUUUAGCCGACACAUUAGGUAAAGCCGGAGCAUAUUGCGAAUCAAACGACCACACAAACGAAUUGUCGCGUCGCAUUACGUUUCAGUGUUGCCACCUUAUACGGAGUGCCGGGCAUAAUUCCACUUGCAGGCCAAACGGUAGCAUUGCGGCCGCGAUGUGCAAGCCGUUGGAUUGAUUCGCUCGCCCUGUUGAUUGGGUACACUUCGAAUACUCCGAUCGGUGUACGCCAGACCUCAGUUUGGCUGGAAAAGCGCCGGCGAACGGACGGACUCUAGUCGUAAAACGGGCGAGCUGGCAACACUGCCACUGCCAGGGCACAAAAUGAAGUGAAUCUCGGAAAAAGUGGAAAAGCCACAGAAAGAGCCAAGGAAAAGCAAGCCGGUGAAGUGUGCAAAUGCGAGUGGCAAGCAAAGACCUUUGUUUCCCAUUUCAUGACGUUUUGUUGAGUUGUCCGCUGCUCUGAGUGGUCAUUAUCAGCCAUCAUCAUCAUUGUCAUUAUCAUCGCCAACGGAGGUCGUCGUCAUUUAGCCAGCUACCCAAUACCACCCACAACCACCCACCAGCUAAACGGCCUUGAGGGAAGUCAGCAGCACCUUGUCAUUCACGUCUUGAUCUUCGUCUUGGUCUGGAUAUCCGUAUCCAAUCAUCCAGUUCAGUUAUGUCAUCGACCGCCGGAAAGCGCAAGGAGAUCUACAAAUAUCUCGCGCCAUGGCCACUGUACUCCAUGAACUGGAGUGUAAGGCCGGACAAGCGAUUCCGGCUCGCACUGGGCAGCUUUAUCGAGGAGUACAACAACAAGGUGCAGAUCAUCAGCCUGGACGAGGACACUAGCGAAUUUAGUGCCAAGAGCACCUUUGACCAUCCAUAUCCAACAACCAAGAUCAUGUGGAUUCCUGACUCCAAGGGUGUCUAUCCGGAUCUAUUGGCCACCAGCGGCGACUACUUGCGGGUGUGGCGUGCCGGCGAACCGGACACGCGGCUCGAGUGCGUACUGAAUAACAACAAGAACAGCGACUUUUGCGCCCCCCUCACCUCGUUUGAUUGGAACGAGGUCGAUCCCAAUUUGGUGGGCACCUCCUCGAUAGACACUACCUGCACCAUCUGGGGACUGGAGACCGGACAGCCGCACGCUCGCGUCUAUGUGGCAGGACACGUGAAGACGCAACUGAUUGCCCACGACAAGGAAGUAUACGACAUUGCUUUCUCGCGGGCUGGCGGCGGUCGGGACAUGUUUGCCUCGGUGGGAGCGGACGGAUCGGUGCGCAUGUUUGAUCUGCGGCACUUGGAGCACUCGACCAUUAUAUAUGAGGAUCCUGCCCACACAGCGCUGCUGCGCUUGGCCUGGAACAAACAGGACCCGAACUACUUAGCCACCGUUGCCAUGGACUCGUGCGAAGUAAUAAUUUUAGAUGUUCGUGUUCCUUGUACACCCGUUGCAAGACUGAGCAAUCACAGAGCGUGCGUCAAUGGUAUUGCGUGGGCGCCGCAUAGUUCCUGUCACAUCUGCACUGCCGGUGAUGAUCACCAAGCACUGAUCUGGGAUAUACAACAAAUGCCACGUGCAAUCGAGGAUCCAAUUUUAGCCUAUACAGCAGCCGAGGGCGAAGUCAAUCAGAUCCAGUGGGGCGCCACACAGCCCGACUGGAUAGCCAUUUGCUAUAACAAAGCGUGCGAGAUCCUGCGGGUCUAAGAGUCAAUUUUUUGUUCUGGUCCCUUGCUGAAGCACGUGGCUGCACUUGCUGAACAACGCACAGUCAAAAAAAAAAAGACGUCAGAAAAACACACACCACCCACAAAGAAACACACAUUUGCUGUUGGUAACUUGGAGGCGAAGAGCAGUGAGCUUAAGUUGGAUCAGUUCUGUCAACCGCUUCCGCAGUUUGUUUAAUUUUGCUGUCUGUAGAGAGAAGAGAAAAAAGUGAAUGUGAAUGAGAUGGAGAAAGAAAAAGAGAAAGGGUUUAAAGGAAAAAGAGGGUUUGAGGGAAAAAGAAGAGGACAGAGCACGUAUUUUAGAAUUCUUAGCUUAGUUGAUUUAUCAAGUAUGUAAGUCAAGUCUAUAAGGUAUAACCAAAAUAUGUAUUUAUAAUUAUAGUUUAUUUCACACUUGACAAGAACCGACACCCCACACCCCCGAAAACUUCAAUCAAUUAGAGGCGCUUUAUCUCA